AUGAGCUUGGCGAGGCUCAAGAGCGCUCUCGUGCGCCUCCCGUGCACCUGCAGCUUCUCGUCGAGGCCCCACCCUUUCGCCUCGCCUCGCCCCUCGACCUCGAGCGCGACCCUCGACGACCCGCUCCCCGACUGGCAGGACCUCGUCGCCGUCCCUCUCCAACCAUCAACGACCUCGAAGAAGCACAAGGGCAAGAAGCGGCAGGCGGGCGAGGCGUCGGCGGGCCAGGGCACCUCCUCCCCCUCGUCGCGAUCCAACCUGUCCCCCCUUCCAGCGCCGACCGCCGCACCGCCGCCCCAAAUCAACCCCGCCAACCUCCGCCGACCGCCCAACGAGCGCACCCAGGUCUCGCCCUACCUCCCCCUCUUCACGCGCGAGCGCAACUUCCUCCUCUCGCACCUCCGCCUCGCCCUCUCGUCGCGCAUCCCGACUCGCACCCGCUCGUCGCGCCCUAUCCGCACCCGCAGGGCCACCAAGCGCCUCGUGUGGAACGCCGACGCCGCGUGGUACGCCCUCGCCCGCGUCCUGCGCUACCCGGACGACCUCCCCUCCCUCCCCCAUUCGCACUUCCCGAGCUCGGCACGCGCACCGCCCUCGCCCUCGCAUCCGCACGACGACCGCCCGACCGACUCGGGCUUCUUCACCGCCUCCCGUGUCGCGGCCCCGCCGAGCGCGACCGCCGAGCCUGUCGACGCGGCCGGGCGGCGCAAGGUCGUCCUCACGCUCCCCGAGCUGCGGCGCGCGUUCGCCGUCUUUGCCUCGGCGCGCCCGCGUACCCGCACCGGCCUGCAUCGGCUUCUCGUCGUCGCCGAGCUCAUCGCUCAGCAGGCACCGGGCGGCGCGGCAACGUCGUCGUCGUCGGCGGCGGCGGCAGGGGGUCCGGGCGUCGUCGACGGCGACGAGCCCGACGUCGGCCUGGAGCAGCUCCGCGGCGGCGGCGCAGGCCUGCGCGACAAGGACUGGCGCGCGCUCCUCCUCUUUGUCGGGGCAUCGAUGCGCGCGCCCCGUCACGCGCACGAGGUCAAGGACGCGCUCGACCUGUUCUCGUACUGGCUCAAGCUGCACGGCCCCGGCUCGGCCUCGUCUUCGGCGACUCGAGGUCGGCGUCCCACACGACGCGGCGAGCGCGAUGUCGGCGACGAGGCGCAGCAGCAGCGCAUGUACAACGCCGUCCUGUUCGUCGCCGGGCGGGCCAAGAUGUGGGAGCUGUUCGAGCAGGUCCUGCGGCGCAUGGGCGACGCCGGGCUCGAGCCCGACCUCGCCACCGUCGUCGAGAUGAUGCGCAAGGAGGACCGCCGAGGCGCGCCGGCGGCGGCGGCCUGGCGCACCUUCGAGGACGCGCUCGCGUCCCGGGCGGCGGGCGAGGGCGUCGACGCGCUGUGGGCGGCGAUGGCGUGGGUCCUCGCGCGCCGGGGCCUGCUCGAGGACGCCAUGCGCCUGUACGAGGCGAUGCAGGCCGGCGUUCCCGUCGCGCUCGACUCGCUGCGCCCGCGCCAGGAGCUCGACCCGCUCGACGCCGCCGCCUCGCCGCCGUCGUCGACGCGACCAGGGCUCGUCGUUCAACCGCCUGAGCUCAACGACCGCGUGUGCACGGCGCUGCUAAAGGCGUUCGCGUACCGCGGCGACCUCGCCGGCGCGCUGCGCAUCGUGCGCGACCUCGGCGUGAACCCGCACGGCGGCGUCUCGCCCUCGGUCCACCACUUUGCGCCCCUCUACCACGCGUUCGCGCACCACGGCGUAGCGCCUUUCUCGUCGGCGGGCGGCGGCGCCUCGUUCGACGUCAACCCGACAACCCUGCGCGGCGAGCACCUGCGCGCGCACGCCUUGCGCCGCGACGCCUCGCCGCUCGCCGCGCUCUCUCGAUCUCGCGCACCUCGUUCUGCUGUCGAUGCGAGCGGCGGCGCAGGCGCCAACCCGUUCACCCUCGACGCGCUCGACACCGUCCUCGCGACCUUCCUCGCCCUCCCCGCUCCCUCGUCGACGACGCACCCGACGCUCCCCUUCCUCGGCUCUCGCACGGCGCCGUCGUCCAAGGACCUGUGGUGGGUCCUCUUCGCGUUCGACAAGCUCUCGGGCGGCGACAGCGAGCUCGUCGUCGCCGUGCACGACGCGCUCGAGCGCAAGUUUCGCGACGAGCGCGCCGGAUGGACUGGGUUCAGGGAGGACAAGCGGACGGCGAGGCUGGUCACGGCGCACCGGGACAAGGUGGACGAGAGGAGGAGGCGCUGGGAGGAGCUGCAGUAGCGGCGUCGCAACUCGGACUUCCUCGCGCUCGUCUCGACUUCUCCGUCGUUGCCG